GGACAUGCAGCAGGCAAGAAUGCCCCGUAGAAGAUUGUUUACACUCGUUAUAUUGUUACCCUACCAAACACCGUCAAGUGUGGACUUUCACGAUCAUUGUAGCUGGUGUAGUUAAACAUAAUGGAAUAUCGAAGCCUUCCUCGUAUUGUGGUCAUUGCACUGUCUGUGCUGAUCUACAUUUCUGCUUUAGCAAUUAAUGCUAUGGCAGGCGCUGGAAAGGGACCAUUCCAUUCGAGUACAGGGAACAUUUCCAAGAAGUAUGAGACCGACAUAACUCCGGCCGGAUGGACCUUCUCUAUCUGGGGGCUCAUCUACUCCUGGCUGACUCUCAUGCUCAUCUAUAUCAUCUCCUUUCUCUACAGAGGGAGCUGGAGCCUCUCUGUGCUGCCGUACGGUUUCUACAUGUCCUGGAUAGUCAACAUGGCCUUCAACAUGACCUGGCUGGUCCUAUGGGAUAAAGAGCAGAUGACUGCUGCGUUGAUUGUACUGGCAACCAUUGCUGUCACCAACUACUCUAUGAUCUUCUUCUCCUGCUAUGGGCUGAGUGUUUACGGAGCCUGGCUCAGCCAGAACCACCCCAGGGAUCUCUGGUGCAUCCGGGUGCUGGUGCAGAAUGGCAUUGCCCUGUAUACCACAUGGACAACCAUCGCCACUCUGAUCAACUUCACCCUGGUGUUGGACCUCUCUGGAGUGGCAAAGAACACUGCAGCCACUGUGUCUCUCUGUAUCCUACUGGUGGAGGUGAUCGCAUGGUUUGGUAUUGAGAACUUCCUUCUGGAUCAGCAUGUGAGGUACAUCCUGACUAUUUACCCUGUGGUGAUAAUUGCGCUGGUUGGAAAUGUGUUCAAGCACUAUGACCCUGCAGCACCAAGCGCUAACGCUAUCUUCAUGGUUGUGCUCUUGGUGGUUUCCUGUGUGCUCCUGGUGGUGCGAGUCGCCUUGGUGUUCAGGAGAAACCAGAACCAGCCCCUGUACGCUGGCAUGAGCCUGGAGGCUCUGAUCUCGCCCAGCAGCCUGACCAAGAAGCAGAAGAAGAUAUUAAUGUAGAAGACUGGUACACACCACAAUACCAUACGAUCUGUCUUUUCACCGACGUGGCAAAGCUCAAUCGCCUAUAACAUACAUAACACAUCUGCCUAUAUUAAACUAUACACAUUCGUUAUUCAGUUUGGACAAGAAGCAGAGGAAGAUAUUCAUGUAGAAGACUGGUAAUCUGUUACACACCAUAGUACGAUCUGUAUACAAUACGAAGUGUCAAAGCCUAUGCUGCCUAUAAAACAUCCUGUAUUGCGCACACUCAGUAUUCAAGUAUUAAAAUAUCUGUAUUCAUCCAAUCAUAACACUCCACUACACUGUAAUGCAUGACACAUUCAAUGUUUAUAAUACAUGUAAUAAGACAUUUUUGUACACUAAUCAAUGCACUGAAUAAUCGUAUAAUCAAUUCCAGUGUAAAUUACACUAUUUUUACUUGAUUCAUUCUUACUAUUUUGUAUUGAUUUGAUAAAUAAAAACAUUUUGCCUAGC